CCUACGUACCAUCACCAUGGCUUCCAGAUACCUAGAGACGAUCAUGCUUCUCUGCUGCAUUGUGACCAUGUUUAGUUCAACCUCAGCAGCUUAUGGUCCUCGGAAACUUUACUGUUGUGUGGAGUUCCAGGAGAAGCCUGUACCCUACACGCAGAUAAUGGGCUACAAACAACAGAGUUAUAAGGAGGUGUGCAACAAUGACGCUAUCAUCUUCUAUACCACGAAGAACAAGAAGGUAUGCGCCAGCAUUAAGGACGAGUGGGUGAGGACGGCUCUGGUUCGUCUCAGCUCCAAACUGAAGAAGAUAUCCACAGCAACACCGUGAUGGCCAAAACCCCCCAACCAACUCUGAAAGGAAGAUUCACCCACAGCGACACAACUUUUUCCAAUCGCAACUCCAACAGCACCAUAACCUUCAACAUCACCAGUAACAACCCCAUUGAGUAAUGUGGCCAAAUGAUGCAGAUUUAAUGCAUUGCAUAUCUGAGGUUUGCCGUUGUUGAGGAUUGUACUUAAUUCAUGCUCAAGCUUUCAGGUAUCUUCUGAACCCACAAUAUAAUCUAAUUAAGUUGAUUGCUUCAAUUAGUUAUAUUUUUCUUAUUUACAAUUUUUAUAUUUGUUUCUUUUAAGGCCUGCAGAAAUAAAUAUAAUCUAUUGCCUUGA